GCCGCUUUGCAGACGCCGCUGUCGCUUGUGGUUACCAGCUGCCAGCCAUGGUCAACCCCACCGUGUUCUUCGACAUUGCCGCCGACGGCAAGCCCUUGGGCCGCGUCUGCUUCGAGCUGUUUGCAGACAAAGUUCCAAAGACAGCAGAAAACUUUCGUGCUCUGAGCACUGGAGAGAAAGGAUUUGGUUAUAAGGGUUCCUGCUUUCACAGGAUUAUCCCAGGAUUCAUGUGCCAGGGUGGUGACUUUACAUGCCAUAAUGGCACUGGUGGAAAGUCCAUCUACGGAGAGAAAUUUGAGGAUGAGAAUUUCAUCCUGAAGCAUACAGGUCCUGGCAUCUUGUCCAUGGCAAAUGCUGGACCAAACACAAAUGGUUCCCAGUUUUUCAUCUGCACUGUCAAGACUGAUUGGUUGGAUGGCAAGCAUGUGGUCUUUGGGAAGGUGAAAGAGGGCAUGGAAGUCGUGGAAGCCAUGCAGGGCUUUGGGUCCGGGAAUGGCAAAACCAGCAAGAAGGUCACCAUUACCGACUGCGGACAACUCUAAUACAUUUGAUUUGGUUUACCAUAACCACCAGACCAUUCCUUCUGUAGCUCAGGAGAGCACCCUUCCACCCCAUCUGCUUGCAAUAUCCUGUAAUCUUUGUGCUCUCACUGCAGUUCUUUGGGUUCCAUGUUUUCCUUACCUCCCCUCCAAAUCUAGCUGGAUUGCAGAGUUAAGUUUAUGAUUAUGAAUAAAAACUAAACAGU